AUGGAUCGGCUAGACUUCUCCUGGCUGCAGGGGAUAGCAGUAUACGGGCAGGACUUGCCACACGCUCCUAGCGUCAAGAUGGUGCAAGGCUCCCAGGACUUGCAAAAGGCUUAUAGAGUCGGAGUAGGGGCUAAGCUUUCUCUGCCUUUAAAGAUCGACUUGCUAGCAGUAUAUAGACUGGACUGGCUGCGAGAUCCUGGGUUCAAGAUGGUGCAAGGCUCACAGGAUUUACAAAAGGCUUACAGAGUCGGAGUAGGGGCUAAGCUUUCUCUGCCUUUGAAAGAGGUAUUCCCCACCGGCUUGCCCGAGUACUUCAGCGUGAUAGGCACUUUCAACGCCAACGGCCAGCGCAGAGCCUGGAGCCUGAUCAGGGCUCGCGGGAAGGCACUGCAGUUCGCCUUGACCAUGCUUCCUAACGCCAGGAAGAUAGCAGUAUACGUACAGGGCUCUAGGACUAUUUUUGACAGCAAAGCGCUAUUCACACCCGGCUGGCACAAAGUUCAUUUUGCUCUCAUGAACGAUACCAUCCACGUUGCUGUCGAUUGUGUAGAGUUAAAACCAGAGAAUGUGACAAAACAUGACUUCAGCAAUGCCACCUCUGUCUCCAUCGUGUCCAAUGACGACGGAACACCUGCUCACAUAGACCUGCAAUGGUUGUCUUUAAGCUGCAGUCGCUACUUGUUGAAAGAUGAUAGUUGUGAAGAGCUUCAAGCUUCAGAGUUUCUUAUUGCUACCUCGGAAGCGCCAGUCUCCACUUCUGAACUGACGUUUUUUGACUUAGGUUCACAAGAAAAUGAGCUACCGCCGAUGGGGGAAGUUUGUAAUGUCACUUGUCCUGCUGGACCAGUUGGACCACCAGGACAAAUGGGUCCACAAGGCCCACGAGGAUAUACAGGGUUACCGGGUGAAAGAGGAAUGCAAGGUAUGAUCGGGCUAACUGGAGCUCCUGGUAUAAAAGGCGAUAAAGGUGAACCGGGAUUACCCGGAUUCUUUAACGGAUCCAUAGGUGGGUAUAACGGCCUACCAGGACCCCCAGGGGCGCCUGGUGUGCCUGGUCAGCGAGGCCUAAGAGGGGAAAAAGGAGAGCCUGGUGACAAAGGAGAGCCUGGUGAUUCUGGGCUACCCGGGUUGUCUGGUGUACCUGGCAGAGAUGGUCAACCAGGUCCUCCCGGCUCUCCAGGCGCGAUCGGUCUGCGAGGUGAACUAGGCCCACAAGGCCCACCAGGCCCUGUAGCCAACUUUAACUCUUCAUUCGUACAAGGAGUUAAAGGUGAAAGAGGUUCGCCUGGUAGACCAGGUCAAGAUGGAAGACCGGGGGAAAGAGGACUACAAGGGUUAAACGGUGCUAUGGGUCCACCAGGCCUCCACGGUGAACCCGGAUUACCAGGUAUUCCUGGUGAAAGAGGCUUCCCAGGACUACCUGGCCCACAAGGAGAAAGAGGAGUUGAAGGCCCCCAGGGUCCAGAGGGUUCACCAGGCAGGACCGGCCCUCCCGGACCACCAGGGGCGGUGGUAACUGCCGCUCAAGGGACUAGCGUACCCGGCCCGCCGGGCCCGCAAGGCGAAAGGGGAGAGAAAGGUGAAGCAGGAACUCCAGGCCUGCCAGGAAAGGAUGGACUGGAUGGUAUACCGGGAACACCCGGGCCUCGUGGCGCGCCCGGAUUACCGGCUCCUCAAAGCUCUGUUUUUCAGGCACAGUCGAUGACAGAAGAUGAAGUGAGAAAUAUCUGCUCAGACAUAAUCAGUGAACGGCUAAGAGAGUUAACAGCGAGCAUGACAAGCCCCCCGACCGUGACGGUGACAAGGAGGGGGCCACCAGGCCGACCCGGCCCUCCUGGUACCCCGGGAAUCCAAGGAGAUCCUGGUGAGACGGGUCCCCGCGGGUACCCGGGUGAAUCUGGGGAGCCGGGCAGACCAGGGAACGCGGGGCCCCGCGGCGAGAAGGGGGACAAAGGGGAAAGAGGCCCUAUCGGCCAGGGGCUACCUGGGCCUGAGGGCCCCCGGGGGAUUCCAGGUCCUAUAGGCCCACCAGGUCCAGAGGGUAGAACAGGUCAACGAGGUGAUCCAGGAAGAGAAGGUUCCAUUGGCCCCCGGGGGGUUCCUGGCCCGCGGGGCACUUGCGACUGCCCCGCGCCCGCCUACUACUCAUACAUGCCAAUGGGGAAUCAAAAGGGGCCGUAGAAACAGUACAAAUACCAUGUGAUUAUAGGAUACUUAAUAUGUACAGUUAAAAGUUUAUAGUGGCAAAUAUUAAUAAGAAAAUGCUCAAUAAGAAGUAUCGGAGCCGAUGUUAACAAAAAUGCCACCCAAUAAAAGAGAUAUAAAAAAUAAUAUUAAAGAAAAAACUUGAUACUUAAUAAAUUCAUCCUGUACCUAUAAUGCCGAGUGACUUUACAAUUGUGUCAAUGGUCGUUUGCAGUUUUUUUGUCUAUGCGUAAAACAUAUUUAUAAUGUACCAGUGCAUUUAACUACAAGAUAAUGUAAAGAACGAAUUUUAUGUACUUAUUUGAGAUUAUUUGUUAAAUAAACAUAAUUAUACUAGUAA